UCUGCUAGUGCGGCGGCGUUGCUGACCGGUGGAAUCAUCCGGUGAAGAUGGGGAAAGUGAGGGCUCUGCGGGCACGUGUGCACCGGGCUGCCGUGAGGCCCGACGGGGAGGCUCCGCCCUGCCCUAUGCCCCGAGCCCUGGAGCCGGCCCUCCCACAAGUCUCAGCUGGCGGAGCGGGGGCAAAGGACUGGACAUUAGUUCACAAUGACAUCUUUGCCAGGACACAGAUAGACCCUAGUGCCUUGGUGCAGAGGCUGGAGCUGGACCAGAAGAGUGUGGUGUCCCUAAGGAAAGGUACAGAGCCAAAGACCAUUUUGCCCAAGAAGGAAAAACUGAGGCUUCGCCACGAGCGAUGGCUGCAGAAAAUUGAAGCCAUCAAACUGGCUGAGCGGAAGCUCAAGGAGGAGCGAAGACGCAAGGCCAUGGUGGUGGUGGGUGACCUGCACCCCCUGAGGGAUGCCCUGCCUGAGCUGCAGGAACUGGAGGCCAGUCGACGGCAGCAAACGAGAAGGAGGGUGACCAGCAAGCCCAGGCCAGUGGAGCUUAGCCGGAUGAGUACAGCCCAGAGACAGCAGCUCCUUGAGGAAGAAAGGACCCGGUUUCGGGAGCUGCUGGCCAGUCCAUCCUACAGAGCCAGUCCCCUGCUGGCCAUCGGGCGGCAGCUGGCCCACCAGAUGCAGCUGGAAGGUGGCGACCAGCUCUAACCAGGACAGUGUGUGCUGUGAGAUCCGGGGACUCAUGUGGGUAGAGGUGCCAGCAGCUCUUGAAUUCUGUCCUGUAUCUACGUGGCCGCCUGAUCAGUCUUGAGACCUAGGAAGGGGAAGGAAGAGCUGCUGGACAAAUAAAGUGACCUGUGGUCUGGAGCCUUCUGUGGCCUGUGCUUCCAUGGCCUAGAGCCUUCCAUGGCCUAGAGCCUUCUGUGGCCUGGAGCCUUCUGUGGCCUGUCCUUCCGUAGCCUGGAGCCUUCUGUGGCUUCACCUCCCACUGAGAACCAGCCAAUCCUGGAUUUCCGGCACUGACCUGACUCUGGGACAGCUGUCCUGGGUAUCUGCAGAACAAGCCCAGGGUCCCCCACUAGUGGUGGUGGCGGGGAAGUUGGGUGAUUGCUCAUGUGUAGAUUUGCAGGGGCUUCACCAGUGUGAGACCUUGGCACUCCUCCCCAACAGGGCAGCCCAGCUGGCCACCUUGCUCCUCACAUCGUCUGCCUUCGCCCAGGCCACACCUUUUUGUGGCCCAAGAUCCUCGCUGCCUUUUACUACAAUGAACAGUGAGGACCAGCAGCCGUGGAGCCUGGGCAGAGCAGAUGAGGACCCCAGUCCUGGUAUGGACAUCAUAGGGCCUUGGUGAAUGGAAGUAGGUAAGAGAGAAUAAAUCUAAACUGGGUGUGGCAGAGUCAGACAGAACUCUGAGUUCAAGGCCAGCAAGGUACACAGAGCAAGUUCCAGAACAGUCAGGGCUGCACUCUCUCAAAAACAAACAAAUUAAUUAAUUAAAAAAAAAAAAAAAAAGCGUGGCCAGGCCUGGUCACAGACUCAAGUUCCUUUCAUCAAAGGCCAUUUCCCAUUUCAGCCAUCCGCUGAGACCCUGGAGCUGCCUUGCUGCUGGGGACUAGGGACUCCUGAAGAGAAACCUUGUGUGCCUUAACCUGCCAGCGGUGCAAGUGCUGUUCUGUGUGGCUGGUACCACUUACAUGGUUUCAUGUCUAAACGCUCUGCGUACUGAGGUUCUGGGAUACGACUUGAAGUGACCCCAGUCUGGCCAUGGUUGCUAAUGCAUUUUCACGAUGCCUACUACAAUAACCUAGGGCCACCCUUCAGGGUCCUACCUGGGAGAGCAUUCCACAGGCCAACUUCAUGUAUAGGACCGUUGCAGCAGGUCAGGGUCAGUCCAGCAGAGGACACAUGCAUGGACUGAGCAGGAGAGAAGUCAAGCAGAUCACUGGGACUGCCUCAGAAUCGCUGCAAAGGAGUGGCCCGAGGUGACGGUGUGUGAGAGCAGAGUGGCACUCAGCUGGCCAGAGACUGAACACUGAGCAGGUAGGGGUUUGUCGGCUGUGGUUACCCUAUUUUACUUCAGGCAAAGCAUGUGCUCUCGUAUGGAUGGACGCAGAAGGCAGAUCCCAAGAAAGUGGUUCUCUGCGUGGUGAUGGGAGUUUGCUGUUUUUGUAUCUCCUAAUCUGUAUAGAACGAAUUACAUGGCAAUACAUUUCUGU